GGACAAGAGAAGAGCGAAGACACAGAGCAGACACGGAGGGGGUUAGGCACAAGAGCCGCGCGUAAAACUGCACAGGAAUAUGACGUCCUCGGGCUGGUUUAGUCCUGGUUUAGACUUGGUUUAGUCCUGGUUUAGUCCUGGUUUAGACUUGGUUUAGUCCUGGUGUAGACUUGGUUUAGUCCUGGUUUAGACUUGGUUUAGUCCUGGUUUAGUCCUUGUUUUUGGACGUAAAGAUGGACAGUUUGGAUCUAUGAAUCGGGCGCGAGCGAAGCGCAGCAAAGCAAUGGAAGUUCCGUAUAAAUAACCGGACAGAGGAUUUGACCCAAGGACACGAGCAGAAGGGCGGGUUUGGAGUGAGUUUUGGAUGUAAACUUUUACGCACAGAACAACGGGAGAAGUGACGCGAGCGGAAACAUGAACCGGCAGCAGCAGCAGACGCAGGGAGUGGUUUUAACGGGUUACCACAGCAACGCAGAGCCCGUGACCAACAACCAGGGCCCGGCAGUGAACAGCCGCAGAACAGAUCAGUACAUGGUCCAGCAGGACCACGGCGACAGAUACGGGCAGAGUCUCGCCUCCUCCAGCCCAAAACUACAUGACCCACAAUGCAGCGGGGCGGAGCUCUCCUCCUCCAGCCCAAAACCAUCACACCCUCAGCCCACCGUCCCCAGACCUGAGCCGAGUGGACUACAUCACCCACAAUCCUCUGGGGCUCCUCUGUCCUCCAGUCCUAACAGUAGACUCAGACCGCGGCCGGCCUGCGUGCGCUCCACCUCUCAGGACUCUCUGGACGAGCUGGAGAUGGACGAUUACUGGAAAGAAGUCGAAAACAUCAGUCGCUCGACUGACGGCGACAGGAAGGGAGAGGAAGAUUCGCAGGAGGAGGAGCCGAGCAAGACUCCAGAGGAGGGGGAGCAGGAGGAGGCGUGGCUCGUGGAGGCGGGACUUGCACGACUGUUUGAUGACUCCGCCCCCAACGACCAAGAACAGGACGAGGACAGCGCUGCGUUUCUGUCGACUCUGACGCGCUCACAGGCCGCAGCCAUAGAGCGGCGUGUGCAGCAGACUCUGAGGAGGAGGAACCGACAACAUCUGCCCGAUGUGAGGGACAUCUUCAGACCUCCAGGACACCACAAACACGCAUCUCUGAAAUCAAGUGACGUGAACGGAGAGAACGAUAAGAAGAAAGGUGCCUCCUGUCUCACUGAGACGGACACAGAGCUAAAUGUUGAAGUGGCGUUUUCUGAACAGGCUUUAAACUACAGAGAGAAAAACCAAGGCCCGAUUCAGAGGAACAGCAUCAGCGCAGACGACAAGCUCCCGAAUUUUAAGUUGCUUCGGGAUAAAACCGGCCAGACCAGAAUCGGAGACUUGUCACCACAGGACAUGAAGAAGGUCCAGCGCUUGGUCUUGGUGGAGAUGACGGCUCUGUUUGACACGGCGGGCGUCGACAUCAAGGCUCAGAAACCUGUAAAGAUCAAAACUAAAGACAGCGGCCUGUUCGGAGUCUCUCUCAACACUUUACUGGAGCAGGACCAAAAGAGGAUCCCAGGAACCAAAGUGCCCAUCAUCCUGCAAAGACUCAUCAGUCACAUCGAGGACGAGGGUCUGGACACAGAGGGACUGCUCCGAAUCCCAGGAGCGGCCACCAGGGUCAAGGCUCUGUGUCAGGACUUGGAGUCGUCCUUUUACGAUGGCCGUUUUUCCUGGGGUCAGUUAAAGCAGCACGACGCAGCGAGUCUGUUAAAGCUGUUGAUCCGAGAGCUGCCCCUCCCACUGCUGAGCGCCGAGCACCUCAACGCCUUCAUCGCUGUCAACAAUCUCCCCACGAAAAAGCAGCAGCUGCAGGCUCUGAAUCUGCUGGUUCUACUGCUGCCAGAGGCGAACCGCAACACACUGAAGGCGCUGGUCGAGUUUUUCCGUCGUGUCAUUGAGCAUCAGGCCCAAAACCGCAUGACCCUGAACAAUGUGUCUGUCGUCAUGGCGCCCAACCUAUUCAUGUUCAAAGGUCAAAGGGCGAAGGUCACGCAGCAGCAGGAGGUCUCCAUGGCAACCAGCACCGCCAACAUCGUUCGUCUGCUGAUCCGCUACCAGGACCUGCUGUGGACCAUCCCAAAGUUCAUCUUGACGCAGGUUCGGCAGCAGAACAUGGAGAGUCAGAGGAAACAGAACAAAGAGCGCGCCGUCAGGAAACUGCUCAAGAAGAUCACUCCUGACAAACAGCCGGAGAGGAGCGCCCCAGAGGAGAGUUGUCAUGGUUUCAUUCGGGUGCAGGCUCCUCAAUUCUCUAAGGUGUCGAUGGCGGUGCAGCUCACAGAGGAGCUUCAGGCUGCAGAUGUUCUGACGAGGUUCCUGAGCCAGGACAGUUCAGUGACGGUGAAGAGGGACGAGCUGUGUCUGUAUGAAAUUGGAGGAAACAUCAAGGAGCGCUGUCUGGACGGGGAGACCUAUAUGAAGGACCUGUUCCAAUUGAACCCUGCAGCAGAGUGGGUGAUCCGCGUGGUCCAGAGAUGAUCUUUAUUCAGAGUGGGUGAUCCGCGUGGUCCAGAGAUGAUCUUUAUUCAGAGUGGGUGAUCCGUGUGGUCCAGAGAUGAUCUUUAUUCAGAGUGGGUGAUCUGCGUGGUCCAGAGAUGAUCUUUGCUCUCACAUUUGUAGUUUAAAUGCGCUCAGAGGAUCAUGGGGCUUCUUCUUUCAAAUGGACGUGUUUUACCCCUGACCCCUGACCUCCUCCCUGACCCCUGACCUUCUUGUUCCUUUAACCCAGUGCUUCUCAAUUAUUUUCUAUCAUGCCCCCCCAUUAAAAAUUAAAAUAAUUUCAGUGUGGUAGUAUUAAAAAAGGUCAUGUCUUUGUAAAAAGGUGUGUAUGUAAUUUGUUGUGAGUUCAUGCAUUGUACUGGUUUUAUUCUUUGAACACAGUGAUGUUAAUGCACGAUUUAUUUUGUGCACCAGUAAAACACACAUAUGUCUUGAAUUUGAAAAAAAUAAUAUUUUAUUUUUCAAUAAAGAAGGGUUCGGUGAAUGUGCGUAUGAAAGUGGUGAGGUUCAGUUCCUCCAACAAGGUUAAGAACCACUGAACUAUACAUAUUGUUGGAACAACUGAUUGAACCGUUUGAUACUGAAAAAAUAAAAUAAAAUGUAAUGAAAUUUAAUGAAAUAUCAAAUAAAAAAAUACAAUUAAAUAAACAUCAAAUGAAUACAUUAAAAAUUAAAUAAAUAUCAAAUAAAAACAAGCAAUUUAGCAAUUUGGGACGCCACCUUAUGAUGCUCAGUGCUCACUGGUUUAAGUGACAUUUACAAAGCGGAUGAUUGUUGUUAAUAUUUGACACGUUUACGCUGAAAAAACUCCAGCAUCUUAUCAGCGUGACUGAAGUGUAAUGAGGCGUCUUAUUUGGCUUCACACUGUCCACUGCCACAGCAGACACCGGUCUGUCCUCGUGUCCCACCGGAGUCAUGAUGGAGCCAGUGCUAAAUACUCUUCAUCAGACUCCUCCUCGUCUUACUGUUCAGGUGACUUUAGUGUGUCUCAUUACCUCCGUUUAUCUCUGCCUUUCUUUUCAUCCCUGUUAAAAUGUUUUCCAUAGUGUCUCUUUAGCAAAAGUGUCUCUUGUUCACUGUCCUGUGUCACGAUCUGUUCGCUCUGUUCGCUUCUUCGCUGCGUACGUGUCUACAGAUCUACAGUGUCAUACGCCGAGUCAUACGCCCCCCGGCAUCUCACGCCCCACUAUUUGAGAAGCACUGCUUUAACCACUGAUGUUUUUGUUUUUAUUUCCUGAUGAAAGUUAAAGCUGCUCAAGUGAGUUCUGUUGAUUCACAAAUGAAAUGUGUUUUUGACAAUCACCAUGAUGACAACCAUGAACUGAACCACGUCACCAUGACGACAGCACAGUUUAUAUUCAGGUUAAAUCUGUUUAAAGUUCCUGUGUCAAACUGACUCUGAGAGCUCCAUGUUCUAAAGUUUCCUUCUCAAAAACAGACCCGGAGUUGUGUUUUGUUUCAUUCACACAUGUUUGAGUCGCACUUUAUUAUUAGUCUGUAACAUCUCCAAAGCUCAAAAUGCUCUGUUCCACUUUGUGAUGUCAUCAAGUGGGAGUUUUCACGUUAACUCCUCCUUUUACCUUUAGUUGAGUCGAGAUAAGAGACAACUCCAGGACUGAAAUGAUCCAAAUGAUUCUAGUGAAGAUGUGUGGAGUUUAAAAACACAUUGGAGCACUUCCUGUAUCACCACAUGAUGACAUCACAAGGUGGAACAGAGUGUUUUCAGUUUAAGAGAAGAACUCAGUCUAAAUCUGCAGGUUUGUGUGUUAAACAUGUGAGAAUGAACAGGUCUGUUUGAAACAACAUUAUAACAAACCGUGUCACACGGGCCUUUAAAUCCUGAAUCAAAGAUGAUUUUUCACAGUGUGGUCCUUUUUUCAUUGUUUUGAUAGAGUUUUAUUUUGAGUUUUAUUUUGAGUUUUAUUUAGAAUUUUGUUGAUCUUGAACUGGCCGCUGAGAUUCAGUGCCUUUUAACUGUGAAUGAAACUUUGAGAUAAUAGUUUUUGUGUUUUUGAAAUGACGACCACUAAAAUAUGUACAUUGUGUAAAUAAAGACUUUUGAUCUUUUGUG